GAGUGACUACGUAAAUCUCAAACUUAGCAACUAAUUAAACAGUGAUAAUCUGACAAAAAAAGUGAAGCCAAUGGUGAUUAGGAAAACUCAUCGCAUGUCAUUCAACUUAUGCUAAAAUUGAUAUAAUUCAAUCAGUUAAGAGUAUCAGACCAAUUUACGUGAUUUAUCUAAUUCCAACUUUACAUUUUCAAUUUUAGCUAACCAAAGGUCCCAUUACCGUAAAGUUGCCCAUAACAUUUUCAAAUGAUAGCCAUAAACAUUUACAAUGGCUUUGGUCUGUUAACUUGACUAUGUACUGUAUUUAAGGGAUUGGAGAUUAGAUAGUCACUUAAUUGUCUUAUUAAUUGAAACAAUGUUUUACGUGACAAUUAUAAAUUGUCUUUCUCUUGCUAAUCAUAACACAAGUGUCUCACAUAUACAAAAUGUGCAAAGUGCUGUUCAAAGUUUAUUGUCUUUGUCUAUUAAAAGGCUGUAAUGAAAGAUGAUUAGCGGAAAAUGCGAUAAGCAAAAAAUGCACCAGAUACAUGAUAAGAAAAAUGUUAUAAAGCUAAUUGUACCCACUGGACUGAUUGCUAAAUCAUUGCUUAUGGACAGUAAAAUCUACUUGAUUGUCAAUUUAUUCAUUGGAUUCGUAUUUGUUUUCAAAGGUUUAUUUGUGAUUUAUGCUGCAUUCAAUAUUGAAUCGUCUGAAGAAAUCUUAAUCAGUCGCAUUGAGGAUUUAUUUAACCGAAUAAACGAUAUAUUGCUUGGCGUUUGUGUCAUCUAUUUCAGGAUAAACCGUUCAAAGUAUCAACGUUCCUUUUCAAGUCUUUCUCAAAUUUUGGUUACUGACAAUACUGUUGCUGAUCAAUAUGUUUCUCAUCAUCGUAAAAUUUUCCGAUACAUUUAUUUGUUUGCAAUUGUAUAUGAGUUUCUGUCUGAUCUUGUCAUGGAUUAUCCGCCUUAUAUCAGUAAGAUGAUAAAACAUGAUCACACAGUCAUUCGUAAAACCUUUGCUAUCAUAGUACGUUUAUUGGUAUCUUACGCUUGGAUACUUUUUGUCCAGUUUAUAUUUGAGACGUGUGUUCACCUCCAAUCGGCAUUCAUUGUUAUCAGUUCAAAUGUUUCAAGAGUCAACAAACGAAGUCCGUUGUCUAGUCACAAAAUUCAAACAUUUCGUCAAAUGUAUUCUCAAACUGGUGAGAUAAUUGCUAAUAUUGAUUCAUUUCUUGUUUUAACCGUGCUUGGUCUUUACAUUUACCUUGUGGCGACUUGUCAUUUCAAUCUUGUCAAGCUAUUCCACGGCGAGAAAACAUCUGAAUCCAUAAUGGGUCUCAUCUUUUUCGGGUCACAUACUGUUUACCUGAUAUUUAUGACCUUUCACUUUGUCCAUGUAAAUUUGCUGUCGGUAAAAUGUUAUGAAACAGUUUAUUCACUUUCCUUUGGUUACUAUUCACCUGAAAUAAUCAAUGAGAUUCGACUGUUUCUGGAAAGAAUCGGAAGACAUGAUGUUGGAUUUACAUUUGCGAAGAUCUUUGUAAUUUCUUCUAAUUUUGUCUCAUCCCUUGCAACUAUCUCACUGACCAUUGCAUUAGCAGCACCUAAUUUAUUGCAAUGAAAACCAUUAUUACUCUUUAAAUUUGCUGUAUUUCAUGGAUUCUCCAAA